AUGGGACAAUUGAUAGAAGAUGAAAUUGGAACCGAAUCUAAAUGUGAAGAUCCAAAUAAGGACGAACAUUCAGAUGAUGUUGAUAGUAAUAAAGAUUGUACGAACGACACAAUGCCCCCGCCUCCUUCACCUGUAAAAGGCGUUCUACCCUACCUGUCGCCUGAAAGUCUACAUUCUUUUCCGCCUACGCCUUCCUCCGACAUUUACAGCCUAGGUAUUCUGAUGAGCGAACUAAUGACUGGUACUUUCGCCUUUUCUUGUCGGGCGCAUGAUCACGAUCUCGCCCGCGAUGUCUGCCUUGGCCUUCGCCCUAAAUUGGAUGAAGAUAUAAUACCGAGAAAGUACGUUGAGGUGGUCAAACAAUGUUUAAAUGCGCAGAGUGAAGAGAGACCGAGUGCAAAGAGUUUGUGUGAUAUCUUUGAGGAUUGGAGCAAAGAUGAAGUCAUGUAUGAGGUGUUUUUGAACAUGGAGAGAAAGGCGAAAAGGCAAGACAAAGAUGGUAGUGUUGAUAACAGUAAACAAUCGGAUGACAACAAUAAAGGCGGGCAUGCAAUGCACGAUGAAGAGGUUUAUCAUUCCCGGGCGUUCACAUUUCGUGGAUUGCCUACUCCAGUUAAUGACGGCCUGACGGAUAUAGAUGUAAAGGACAAUCAAGUUGCUUAA